GUAGAAAAAUCUCAACCCAGGCAUCCGUUCUGUGGUUGAAAUUUGAGAAGCUGGAAAAAUGAAUAUUGGAGUGAUGAGCGUCGGGAGCUUAACCUCAUCAUGGAGGAAUCAAAAACCUUCAAAGCCUUGUUAUUGUUCCAGCAGAGAUCCGCCUCCACGAAAGCCACCAUCUCCUCAAAAUGGCGACGAUCGGAACAACAAUAAUGAAGACAAGUUUUCAACUACAGAUUGGGACAAGGCCUGGUCAAGUUUCAAGAAGCAAGGGAAAAAGAGCCUAUUUUCACAGUUUACGCCAAAUAAGUAUGUAAGCUGGAACCCUAGGCGAUCCAACUACCCAUUGUCUGAGGAGGUGGAUCCUAUUAAGAGGGCAGAGAGAUCAAAUUUGAAGUUAUGGACCAGCCCAGGUUUCACUCUUGGGGGUGCAAUCGUCAUUGUAACCUUUCUUCUCAUAUACACCAUUCUUUAUCCCCUCAACUAAUACAAUGCUCACUCUAGUUUCAUAUCAUUGGAGAAAGGUCUGGUGCUGUACAUAACUGAUAUCUAUUCUCUUGGAAAUUACUCUGGUGGAAUUGUCUAUAGUCAUGCAAUAUAUACGUAAUUAAUUCUCUCUCUC